GUCGUAAAUCACUCGACAGAUCUUCAACAGUUUCAAAAAUGGCCCCCCUGGCAUCCGCGGCCCUCAUCCUGGGUAGCCUCGCUAGCCUCGUUGCUGGCCAUGGCUAUCUCAAGAGCAUCACCGUCAACGGCGAGGACUAUCUCGCGUGGCAGGUUGGCCAGGACGACUACGUCACCCCGACACCGGUUCGUUACGCCCGGAAGCUUGCCGACAACGGCCCAGUUCCGGACUUUACCAGCAAUAACAUCACUUGCGGUGCAGGUGGUAACAUCCCCGCCGAGGGAGUUAUUGACCUGAAGGCCGGCGACACUGUUUCCCUCAACUGGGAUCAAUGGGGUAGCUCUCACAGCGGUCCGGUCUUCACAUACCUCGCCCACUGCACCAACGACGACUGCAAGACCUUCAAGGGCGACAGCGGCGACGUGUGGGUCAAGAUCGAGCAGCUGGCCUACAACCCCGCGGGGACCCCUCCCUGGGCCUCCGACCUGCUCCGCGAGCAGGGCGCCAAGUGGCAGGUGACCAUCCCGCCCACGCUGGCGCCGGGCGAGUACCUGCUCCGGCACGAGAUCCUCGGCCUCCACGUGGCGGGCGUGCGGAUGGGCGCCCAGUUCUACCCGAGCUGCACCCAGAUCCGGGUCACCGAGGGUGGCAGCACGGCGCUGCCGGCGGGGAUUGCGCUGCCGGGCGCGUAUGACCCCGAUGAUGCGGGUAUCCUGGCUGAGUUGUGGAGGAUCAACCAGGGCCAGGUCACUUACACGGCCCCGGGAGGAGAUGUCUGGAGCGAGGCGGCGCCCAAUGCCAACAGGGAUGGCCCGUAG